AUGACUACUGGAGGUGGAGGUGGUGGAAGCGGAAAUAGGAGUGGAGCGAGGGCUUCUCAGCAUGUGAGUGCAUCGGGAAUGCAUGCUCAGGCUCAAGGUCAAGGUCAAGGUCGAGCUCAACAUCUACAAACUCCAGUUAAUUAUGUGCAUCCUCUUGUUCAUCCGCAAGCUCAUCGUCCGCAAGCUCAUCAUCCUCAACCUCAUCAUCCUCAAAUUCAUCAUCCUCAACCUCAUCAUCCACACCCCCAUAACAGAAUAAACUACAUCCAUCCUCUUGUCGGUGAUAUCUUCGGUCCACACGCACCCCAUAUUCCUCGCGCAGGAGGUCUAUUAUCUCAACUCUCUCCCUACGUUCCUCGCACAAAUCUCGGUGGAAAUAGACCUAUUUAUGGACCGCCAAUGCAAGGACUAGGUCUACCGCAUCCAUUUGGGUAUCCUCAGAUGGGAAAUAUGAAUCCACGAGGAAUGGGAAUGGGAAUGGGGCUUGGAAAUGGAAAUGGAAUUGGGGUGAUGAAUGUGAUUGACUAUGGGUGGGAUAGUAGAUGGGAUGCGGGGAGUGGUGGAGAUAGGGGAUGUGGAGGUGGAAGUGGUCUAAGAGGUGGUAGGGGUAGGAGAAGAAGAUAA